AUGGCUCGUAACGAAGAGAAAGCGCAGUCGAUGCUCAAUCGGUUCAUUGCCCUCAAGGCCGAAGAGAAGAAGAAGCCAAAAGAGCGACGCCCUUACCUCGCCUCCAAGUGCCGCGACCUCGCCGAGGCCUCCAGAUGGCGGCAGCAAAUCAUGGGGGAGAUCGGCCGGAAAGUCACCGAGAUCCAGAACGAAGCCCUCGGGGAGCACCGGACCCGCGACCUCAACGACGAGAUCAACAAGCUGAUUCGAGAGAAGCCGCACCCUCACUUCAAGUCCCCCGUGAUCUACGACAAGAACAAGAUGUCGCGGUUCGGAAUUCUUAAGAAGAAUGACGUCAACGCCGAUGACAUCAUCUGGGUCGACUCCCCCGACACGUUCUACUUCCACCUCCCGACACGUUCUACUUCCACCUCUGGAACGCGUGGGAGGAGUCCGAGUCCGCUGAGGUCGUGGUGA